GGAAGGUAGCCAAACGGCCACACUUAAAGUGUGACGUUGGUGUUAUUUUUGUUGUUGUUUUUUGGCUGGGCUGGCAAAAAAAAAAAUUGAAUCCCGACUCCGAUUUGCUGAACCUGCCAUUAUAGUUGCCCAUUAGCAGUGUUUCGAGUGUUGCCAGCGAGACGGGAUGUGCUCCUAGACCGGCCCCAGCCACCUGGCCACCUUGGAAAGCAGCUGGACGACCGACGAGCGACGACGGCCGCCGAGAAGUAAACAAACUCCGGAUAACAUUUCACGCCAGGCACUAGCUGGCACCACCUGGCACCAACUGCAACGAUGAGCUGGUUCGAGAAGGCCAAGACGGUGCUGAUCGAGGCUCUGGACAUCCAGGAUGACGAGGGCAAGUCCUCCCCCGAAAAAGAUAACUCUGGCGGCUCUGACACGCGUUCGGGUCAUGACCUGACAGCUGGCGGUGGCGGUGGCGGUGGCGGUGGCGGCGUCGGCCUACCCUCCUCGUCGUCAGCGGGCAGUAUCGCCACACCACCCUCGGACACGCCCACAUUCUUCGAUAAUCCCCAUGCCAACGAAAUGGUCACCAUUCCGCCCCGUGCUAGCGACACCACCACCACACCCACAUCCGGUACAGCAUCUUCCGCGCUGUAUGCCAAACGCCAGUCAGCCACCUCGGAUUCCGUGGAUCUGCUGUCAUCGCCCACAUCCCCCAUCUCGCCGACGGGCGGUGGGGCUGAACUUCCGGUGGUGGUGGCUAAACGGCCAUCGGAAUCCUCCCUAGAACUGAUCACUGCCACGACGGCCAGCGAAAUGGAGAUGUCGCCGGACACCGAGCCAUCACUGCCCGACAGCAUCGUGAUCAUAGCCAGCAACGAGACGUCCGACAAUGCCGAGGGCGACGGCGAAGACGACGACGAUGAUGAGGGGACACAGCUGGAGCGGCACAUGGAGGAUCAUCUGAAUGACUCUACCAAAACCAUGAAGGCCUUGGCGUUCAGCGACACCCAGGCGGCUGGUCAUGUGGCUGGAGCGGAUUCGGAUUCCACGCAGAGCUUCGAGGACAUCCAGAUGCAAAUGAGUCACCAUCACCAUCAUCAUCAUCUGAAGGGCAAGUCCCCGGCCCAGGUCAAGAUAAUGGCCACAGCCGCCUCGUCGGCACCGCCGGGAGACGUGGUGGACCAGAGCUACUCGUCCACCUCCUCGGACAUCGAGAUCAUCUCGAAUCCGAACGGGGAUUCCAGCACCAACAGCACCGCCACCCGGACCAGUCCGCAAAAGUUCAAGGAGCUGGGCGGCGUGGCGGGCGGGAAGAUGAGCCUGAAGCCGAAGGGACACCAUCGAGAGCCGUCGGAGAUAUCGCUGCUGUCGGAGGACUCGCAGUCGGAGCUGGACAAGCUGGUGCAGCGCAUCAGUGAGCUGAACCAGGUGAUUGAGGCGCGGGAGCAGCGUCUGUUGCAGUCGGAGCGCCAGAACGCCGAGCUCCAGGAGCGCAAUCAGGAGCUUAGGUCUCGGGUAGAAUCGGCGCCAGAUGCCGCUGAUGCGGCGGAGGCAGUGCAGCGACUGUCGGCGCUGGAGAAGAAGUUCCAGGCAAGCAUUCGGGAGCGGGAUGCCCUCCGGAUUCAGAUCAAGACGCUGCGCGACGAGCUCCAGAAUAAAAUCCCAAAGGACGAGCUGGCGGAGUGCAAUGAGAUGAUCCAGGGACUGCAGUCCGAGGGCGAGAAGCUGUCCAAGGAGAUCCUCCAGCAGUCGACGAUCAUCAAGAAGCUGCGGGCCAAGGAGAAGACCUCCGACACCCUGCUGAAGAAGAACGGGGAGCAGAUCUCGCUGCUGUCCAGCGAGUCGGAGCGUUUGAAGAAGUCACUGGCCGCCAAGGAGGAGAUGGAACGCACCCAGAUCGAGGCCGUGUGCCGGAUGACGGCGGAGAAGCGACGAGUCGAUGAGGAGAACGCCGAGUGCCGGAGCAAGAUCGAGGAUCUGCAGUCCCGAUUGGCCGCUCUCCAGGCCAGUUUCGACGGCCUCAAGGGUGAUCUCCAGAAGCGGACGCGCCACGAACAGGACACCAUACGGGCCGAGCAGCAGGAGUACGUCCAGCAGGUGUCCGAUCUCCGGGAGAAACUGCGCCUGGCCGAGCACAGUCUGGCGCGUCGGGAGCAGCAGAUGCGCGAGGAGAACCGCCAGCUAUUGCGCCGCCUGGAGGCCGCCGAGCUUCGGGCGGAGAGCUCCACCCACGAGCUGGGCGCCACCACCACGCCCCUGAUCCGACAGAUCGAGGCACUGCAGCGCACCCUGGACCAGAGGUCGGCGGGCUGGAAUCGGGAGGAGCAGCAACUGCUCCAGAAACUGGACGAUACCCAGGUGCAGUUGCAUUCCCUGCAGCAGCUGGAGUCCGUUCAGGGCGAGAAACAGGAGCUGCUGCGCACCCGAUGCAGUCUCCUGGAGGAGAAGCUGUCCGGCGCUCUGAUGGAGGCCGAGGCGGCCAAGAUGGCGCUGCGCCAGCAGGAGCAGGAGGCUGCCACCAAGGAGGGUCAUCGCCAGAGUAAACUGAUCCGGCUGGAGGAGGAUGUGAAGCGGCAGCAGGAACGGAUUGCCGAGCUGGAGGAGCAGCUGGCCAGGAAGCAGGCGGAGGAGCAGCAGCCCACCCUCCUCACCGUGGAGGCGGUGAAGGCCAGCACUGAACUGCAGGCUCCGAUGCAGCUGACCAAGUCCCAGGUGGCUCCAGUUCGUCCCUCGCCGCCACUCAGCCUGGUGGACGAUAGCGGCUCCAACGAGGAGGCUCUCGGCGGCAUUAUCGACUGGCAGGCGGACGACCUAGACUGUGCCUCCAAUUCCGGCCACCGGCAGCCAUCGGGGAUCGUCCAGGGCGUCCACUUGAGCUUCCUGUCGUCGAACACCAGCACCCUGGAGCACCUGCAGGCGCUGCUGAAGCAACGGGACGGUGAACUGACCCACCUGCAGUGGGAGCUGUCGCGUCUCCAGGCCGAACGUGGUGUCCUCGAUGGUGAAAUCUCCAACCUGACCAUCGAACUGGAAAUGAUGAAGGAGAAGAUGCUGAUGUACGAGGAAAUGGAAAAUGGCUACAAGGAUCUGCAGCAUCGGUAUGAUGCCCUGCUCCAGAUGUACGGUGAGAAGGUGGAGCGCACCGAGGAACUGGAACUGGACCUAACCGAACUGAAGUCCGCCUACAAACUGCAGAUCGAUGAGUUGCUGGCCAAUCCGCCACCAAAUCUCCAACGUCCAGCCGGUGGGAAGCAGACAUGAUGGCCGCCGGAACGCAGGAUUGUCUCCCUGCCAGAGUUGCCAUGCCUGCGGCGAACGUAGCCUAGCUAGGAAGGAGGAUGAUACCCAUUCCCAUUCCCAGUUCCAAUGUAUUAUUGUUUUUUUUUUUUUCGUUUUGUUCUUUGGAUGCUUUGGAUGAAUCACUAGCACUAUAGCAACCAUAUGUACCAUACAUGCCAAUAUGUACCAUAUAUAUAUAUAUAUAUACUGAUGUCCUUGAUGUCCUAAUGGCUCCAGAUGUCUUCUGAUGUCUCCUGAUCCUGUGCAUGUUCUCUAUCUAUCUAGUUACAUUAUGAAUUGAUCGAUUGUGAUAAUUUAAUUUAUAUAAAUAUAUACAUAAAGUUAUCGUCUA